AUGCUUGGCAAGGAGGAGCAACUGAAGGGGUAUGAAGAAUGUGAGCAAACAAAGGGCGCAACUACUUUUGUUCGGCUGAAAAAGGAGGUAGCUGCUGGCGUGAUUGCAGAAGAAGAUGAAGUACAGGCAGCAGAACCCGCAGCAGCAGUCGCACCUGUGGCUACUGGUGCAACUGCUGCUGCAGUAUGCCCAGGAGAAGUUGCAGCAGCAACAAUACCAAAAGAAGAUGAAGAGACCCCCGCAGGUGGAGUAACAGCGUCCGGCGAAGAGGACAUCGCUGCUGCGGGGAGCUCUCUCGCCCAACAACUUCAACAGCUGCAGCAGCGGUUGUCCGCGAUGCGUUGGGGUUCCUCUACACCGCUCAGCCACCCCCAAAAGCAGCAGCAGAAACAACAGCAGAGGCAGCAGGAGAAUGCGGGGCAUACGAGUAGCUUGAGCUCCAACAGCAACAGCAACACGGGCUCUGCUGCGAGAAGCGAUAGCGGCUCCGAAUCAGAGGCCGAGCCAGAAACUGUGGGAGGGAUCCCUGCUGCUACAUCACUAGGCAGCUUAGUCAUGUCGCUCGCUGCAUCAGCAGCAAAUUCUGUGGCGGAGAAAAUCGGGCAGUCGGCGCAGCAACUCUUCAGGCCUUCCGGUCUUUUUGAAGUAGAUGCGAGGGUUUAUUUAUGCGAUAGGGGUGACAGCUCAUCUGCCCUUUCCGCCCUCAUCCCUUCAUACAUGGACUUAUCUCAUCCUUUCAGUUACUUACUGAUUAAUAUGUCUGAUAAGAGAUAUGCAAUGGCAAAAUCUUGCCCCGCUCCAUCCAAUGCAGAGUUUCAUGCGGCAGCAGCACCAACGUCUGCUGCUACUGCCGCUGCCGCUGCUACUACUCUGGAUAUCACAACUCCCCGCAGCGCCUCCACAGCCACUAGCAGCGAGGUUGGAAGUCCACGGCACCACCGCCAGCAGCAGCAUCAGCAGCAAGCAGCAUUGGCGUAUCCGGUGCCUGAGGGCUCCGCCUCAGGACCACAAACGGACACAGCAGCAGCAGCAGCAGCAGCAGCAGCGGUGGGGGAGUUUCGGACAGGCACAGUAAUAGACGCAGGGUUCAAGGGCUUGCCUUAUCCCCCUCUCCGUCUCUGUCUUUCCCUUUGUGUUAGCGCAGGCAGGUGGCUUCAGAGCGAUAGCGCGCAUGUGCUGCUGCUACAGUGCUUCAGGGGUUUAGGGCGUUCAGCUUGCCUUGCUGCAGCCUUUCUGCCUUGGGCAGGGCUUUGUGUGGACACAGCAGCUGCUGCAGCACAGAUCGAAGACGCUCUGGGUAUACCUCACGGAGCUCUUCCGCUUUUGCCAAGUCAGAGAAGAUUCUUGGCCUUCUUUGAGGAGCUUAUGGGUCUCAGUAGCCCUACCACAUCUCUGAGACUGCUGGAUCAGCCGCAAUCGCAGCAGUUCGUUCCAAGGAGACUUCGAAGAGUUAUCUUAUGCGGACUUCCCGGUAUAGAGGAGGCACUUCAUGCUUUCAGUGACACAUGCGAAGGGCCCAGACAGAACGAUUCUGUUGCUGCUGCUGCCGACGUAACGGCGGAGAAUCAGCAGCCGCAAGUGUUACUGUUUCGGCCCGUGUUGGAAGUUUGGCUUGAGGGGUCUUUGGUGUACUCUUCUCUGCAACAAUACAGUCCUCCUGCUCUUGCCGACAGCUCGCCACCUGCGAACGGCCUUAAGAAGCCGCAGCAGCAGGAGCAGCAUCAGGAGCUUGAGGCUCAGGGAAUCUGCUGUUGCCGAGCUCGCCAGCUGCCGGUUUACAACCCCGAAGAAGGAAGCCUCAAGUUCGAUAUUGAUGGUGUCGAGGCAUGCGGCGAUCUUCUAUUGCGCUUGCUCCAUGUCGUCCCGGAGCAGCACGAGCAAGAGCAGCAGCAGCAGCAAGAUUUUUGGUGCUGCAGCAAUCCGAGCUGCCACAGGAGUUCUCUGUGGGGUCGCAAGGUGCCUAUGGCCCGUGCAGCUUUCCACACUGCAUCUGUCAGUAUGCCUGGAUGCAUUUCAUUUUCCAAGUCGGAAUUAGAUGGAGGACCAAUGCUUGCUGCGGCCUUUCCUGACGAUUGCUUUAUUGCUGCCUUUUUUGACACUGUUGAGGCCACUCAGGCCUGCUUGCCAGGCAGCGCCGCAGCUGAUACAGAGAACUGUGCAGCUGAAGCAGCUAGUGCUGCAGCUGCAAGAGAAACACGCCAGCUGGUUGAGCGAGUCCGGCAAGAGGGGUUUCAGUGGCGCAAGCUCCGGCAUCAGCAGCUUGAGCAGAAACAGGAGGAGCAAGAGAAGGGUGAGCAGAUGGCUGUUCCAGAGCCAACCGCGGAUGUUCAGAGAGGCUUGCAGUCAAGAGUGAAGCCUGUAGACGGGCACGUGACUAAAAAGGAGCAGCAGGAACAGCCGGGUCAGCAAUCGGGAGGAGGGUCACCCAGCUGCUUUGACGUUGAGGAUUGGGACUCCGGAGGGGCUUUUUCAGCAGCAAGGGUCGCAAUAGCUGCUGAGAGAACCGCAGCAGGAGCACUCACAGCAGGAGAAAACAAUACAUCUAGCCGUGAAGUGACGGCUGCAACAACUACCACGGGAAUGCUAUCACCUUGGCAGGAGCAGGGGCAGCUGCAGAAGCUAGAGAGCGAAAGCGACAUAAGUUGGGGCUUGUCCGAUGACGAAGGAGAGACACGUCAAACUUCGUCCUUCACUGUCCCUGCUUCUACCGUUUCUCCCCCCAGUUCCGCAGCCUUUCUCCCUGUCGCUUCUGAGAGGAAGUCGUCAUUGGUAGGACAGGAAGGGAGCGCAAACAUGCAGACCUCUCCUGCCGCUGAUGGUCGAAAGGCACGAAGUACUGCCUGCAAUGAAGACGAAAGCGAUGAAAAACGCGGCAGCAGCGGCGUCACUGCUGCUGUUUCUGCUGAAGAGCUGGUGAAGACACCAUCAGCACCAGCAGUAGGAUCAGCGGCCUCAGAAAUGUCAGCAGCGUCCGUAGCGGAUUUGCUGCUCGGUGUGUCUAGCGGAAGUGAGGAAGAGGGCGGACUGCCUGUUCUUGGUUCGCGCACUCGUAGCAUCAGCAAGGCCAGCAGCACUAAGAGUAACACAAGAGGCCACCCCGCAAUGCACAGACGGGACAAAAACGUUGUAGUAGUAACAACAGUGACAGCAACACAAGUCUCUGCAACAGCAAAUGCUCCAGGCUCCGACGGAAUCGACUCGCGAGAAAGCAGCAAUGGCGAAUGGGUUACUGUUGCCUCGCUGGAAUCGUCCCCCGUCCUACUAGCCUCCCCAUGCCUUACUUCACGUGACCCAGGGUGCAGCAGCAGCAACAGGACACUCAGCAGCAAGAGUAGCAGUUCUAGCGGCAAUAGCAGUGGAUGUAUCUCCCCGAAGCGAACUGCGGACAGUUUGUUCGUGCUUCUUGAACAGCAGCAGCAGCAGGCACAGGAACAGAGGCCUCCACAGUCGGAACGCGUGACAAUACAGCGGCGGCAGGAGCGACUUCGGCAGCUGCAAUUGCUUCAGAAGGACGAGGAGGAGAGGGUGUCGAAUAGGGGUUCCCCAUAG